AUGAUUUUCCUCCUAAUUGCUUUCCUAUUCCCACUGAACUCCUAUUAUUGCAUCCGACAAAUCAACAUCUAUAAUCGAUGCCCAUUUCCCGUCUGGCCUGGAAUUGUUGGACCUGGAAAUCCUGCUGGAGGUGGCUUCCGAUUGGACAACGAGCAGGAUCGGAAGAUUUCCGUGGAGGACAGUUGGCAAGGAAUCAUUUGGGGACGAACAUUUUGUGAUAGUCGUAUGAGAUGUGCAACGGGGAAUUGUGGGAAUCGCGAACAAUGCAACGGUACUCUAGGUCGCUUCCCAUUCACCAUUGCCGAAUUCAGUUUGGACGAAUCGAACGAUAAAGAUGUGUAUUCUGUGUCACUGAUCAAUGGAUAUAAUAUUCCGAUAUUGAUAGAGCCGUUCGGAGGAAAAGACUGCCAACGUGCCGGUGGUUGCAUCUCGGAUAUCAACGAAGUGUGUCCCGAAAGAAUGAGAAUCACGAAUGGAAGAAGAAGAGAGAACGGUAACGUCGUCGGAGCAGAUCCCCUUGUGAUGCUCUUCGAUCUGAUCGCGAAUGUUGUCGUGGAGCAUUCUCGACGCCAGAUACGUGCUUCAGAAGCCACGUGGCUCAAACAUUCAAGGAUGCGUGUCCAACAGCCUUCUCCUUCCAAUUCGAUGAUGCUACAUCAUCGUUCGCUUGUCAAAAUGAUGCAGAGUAUCUGGUUCAGUUUUGUUGAUGACUUUUAUCUAGAAUGA